CCUUCCCCCGGCGGCAGAGCCGGCGCGGAGGUGCGGGGCGGCCGCGCCCCGGCGCAUGGAGGCGAUGCCCUGUCAGAACCAGCGGCUCGGCCCGCGGCCGCAGGACGAGCAGCCGGCGACAGCGACAACGACAGGAGGAGGCGGCGGCUCCCGGCUGAUCCGUUUCGCGGAGCCGAGCGAAGACAGCGGCUGCCCCAGCCCGGAUAGCAGCAGCAGCAGCAGCAGCAGCAACGGGGGGGUGGCGGCGGCGACAACGACGGCAGCGGUGGUGGUACCGCCGAUCCCCGCAGAGAUCGGGCCUCAGCUGAAGCUGCUGCCCAUGAAUGACCAGCUGCGGGAGCUCCAGACGAUCAUCAGGGACAAGAAAUCCAGUAGAGGAGACUUCGUAUUUUCUGCUGAUCGUUUGAUCAGACUCGUGGUUGAAGAGGGACUGAAUCAACUGCCCUACACAGAAUGUACCGUGACCACUCCAACAGGACACAAGUAUGAAGGCGUCAGAUUUGAAAAGGGAAACUGUGGAGUCAGCAUCAUGAGAAGUGGAGAGGCAAUGGAACAAGGGUUACGGGACUGCUGCAGAUCCAUCCGCAUAGGAAAAAUCCUGAUCCAGAGCGACGAGGAGACGCAGAGAGCCAAAGUGUACUAUGCAAAGUUUCCACCAGAUAUUUACAGGAGAAAAGUUCUUCUCAUGUACCCAAUACUAAGUACUGGUAAUACUGUCAUUGAGGCCGUCAAAGUUCUUGUGGAACAUGGCGUACAACCAAGUGUCAUUAUCCUGCUGAGCCUCUUCUCCACACCUCAUGGUGCCAAAUCCAUCAUUCAGGAAUUCCCAGAGAUCACAAUUUUAACUACAGAAGUUCAUCCUGUUGCACCAACACACUUUGGACAGAAGUAUUUUGGAACAGACUGACACACUCGGAACAAACGGAAAUGACUAUAUGACAUUACAGAGGUUUUUGGUUGUUUUUUUUCUACAUUUUAUUAUUGUUGAGUUGGCUGAGGGCAUGUUUAAAAAUCUUUUUGGCCAAAGGGGGAAAUACUUGACUUAGAUUAGUUGUGGGCAGUUACUGCCUGAGCCCUGAAUCAGGUACCGUAACAGCACGCUCAUCGCGGAGUCAAGCGUCUCAAUGUUGGGUUGUACAAAUUGCUGCAUUCUCUGCUUUAACUUAUUUAUUCUUCUAGGGCCUGUCUUGUGGCUGCUUGCGAGAGCAAAAUAAAACAACUAAAUCAGA